UCGGCGUAUCCAAGGGACGAGCAGCCAAAGCACAACAACAGCAGCCGAACAGCAGGCAAAGCACACAUCACCGCUUCAACCACCACCGCCACUUGCAGCAACCACCGCACGACAACCGCUUGGAGCAGCGCUACCAGCAGCGCAGCACUAUCACUCACAACCACCACACUCGCCGUCACAGCCGCAUUCAAGUGCCAUCAUGCCAAAGAAGAAGGGCGGAAAGAAGAAGAAAAAGGGGAGCAAGAAGGCUUCCUCGGCUUCUGCGGAACCCAAGCUGAGCCAGAUGGAACGCUUCGUCCGCUUCUCAGUCGAGACACGGUCUGAACAGAUCACUUCGUGGAGGCAAGAGCGGGAUGAGAUGAGGCACAACAACGUCAUGCUUCGGGAGCAGCUUGAUGCCCUCAAACAGAAACAGCAACAGACGGUGACCAAAUUGCGAGAGAAGAGCUUUGGAACAGCGCACGAGCUGACACAGUAUGAGCAGGAGCUACAACAGCGCAUUGAAGACGCGUUGGGCGAGAAGCAGGAGUUUGUGAAGACCGAGGAAAAGUCUAUUGUGGACAUGAGGCGCAAGCUGAAGGAGACGGAGCAGCGCAUCAUCGAUGAGAACCAGGCGCUACAGUCCCUGCAAGUGUUUCAGGUGUUUGGCCAGCAGGAGAACAUGAAGGCCAUUGAGGACUUGGAAACCGUCAUCACGGAAAUGAAGCAAGGCCAUGAAGAGGAGUUGGCUGAUAUGGGCAAGCGCUUCCAGUUUGCGCGCGAGCGGUUCUCCGCAAACUUUGACGCGCGCGUGGAGCGAACGCGUGAGCUCGCAACAGAGAAUGCAAUCAACAUCCAAAGCAGUCGCGAUAAGGUUGCUGCUGCGGAGCGGGAGUGGCUGAAGCGAGAGCUGGAGACGCAUCGAUUGGAAAAGCAGCGGCUGCAGUCCAUCUGCGAUGAUCUCGAGAAGGAAAACCUGAAGCUCCUCGCAACCCUCUACGCAGAGGGCGCGGACACGUCAAAGUGGCGCGCGGCGAAUGCGCUGAAGCAUCUGGCUGGAGGGGCGGAGGAUGAGGAGGAGGAUGAUGAGGAGGAGGAGGAGGAGGACGACCUGAUGCUGUCUGACGACGACGACGACGAAAACAUGACCGGCGCCGAGCAUUCAGAGGGGCAGUGGCACAUUUCAACACGCGGCGACCCCGUGUUUGUGCGCCACGAAGUUUCCACUGUGGAACUCUUCAAGGAGGAUCAAUCGCGGCGCGUGCAGCAGCUCAAAACGUUUAGUCAGCUGCCCGUGCAGAUUGCUGCGCCCAACCGCACGACCCCAGCAAAACGUGUGUUGCCGGAGAUUCGGUCCACGGGCAACGCCCCCUCGCCUCGCGUGCAGGCCGUGCUGGCCGAAACAUCCAAGACCAUGCACUCUCCGCCGGUGAAAAGCACGCGCGCACGGCGAUGGGGCCCGCAGAUGUCGGCAGCGUCAUCGUUGCACGCGACACUUCGGGGCAGCGCGGGCAUGUUCACGCGACGGUCGUACCAGCAGCAACAACAACAACAACAACACUACAAAGGUGUCACGUCACCAUCGCCACACCAGCUGCCACCACUCAGCAGAAGCGCACAGCACCAGCACGCCAUCCCAAAGUGAUGAUGUAUUCACGACCAUUUCUGUGUACACGUGUGUGUGUGUGUGUGUGUGUG